AUGAAUAUAAAUAAAAUAUUGUACAAUUGCAUUACCUUCAUUUUUAAAUUAAUACAAAUGUUAUACAUAAAAAAAAUAUUUUUAAAAUUAUAUGUAAAAUAUUUUAUUCGAAUUAAAUACAAAAAUAAUGUAGAUAUAUUAUAUCAUAGUAAAAAUUUUUUGGUAGUUUCUAAACCAUAUGAUAUGUAUAUUAAUAGUAAUAAUCAUGAAAAAAAAGAUACACUGCAAUUUGAAUUAAAAAAAAUUGUACCAAAAUUAGUAAAUCCAAAAUUAUUUCAUGAAUUUCAUUUUGUACAUAGAUUAGAUUAUGUGACAAGUGGUGUAAUAUGUAUUGCAUUAAAUAAAAAAGCAGCUCAAAUUGCUUCUAAUGCAUUUGAAGCAAGAACAGCUAAAAAAUUUUAUUUAGCAUUACUUCAUGGACAUAUUGAUGAACCUUAUCUUAUUAUAAAUAAAGCAAUUGGAAUUGAUAUUAGAGAAAAAAAAGGAAAUCAUAAAAUGUGUGUCAGUGAUAGCAUCUUUUGUGAGAAACCGAAAAAAUCUUAUACAAUUCUUAUGGUAUUAGAAAGAGGUUUUAGAAAUGGAAAACCAGCUACUAAAGUAUUAUUAUGUCCUAGUACAGGUAGAAGACAUCAACUAAGAGUACAUUGUUCAUACAUUGGUCAUACUGUAAUUGGUGAUUAUACAUAUAGUGAACGAAAAGAUAUAGAACCUUAUAGAACAUUUUUACAUUCCUUCAGGUUAAUAUUAAAUAAUGACAUUGAAAAUUUAGAUAUAAGAAGUAUGGAUCCAUUUGUAGCUUCUGAUCCAAGAAAUCAAUGGUCUCCAACAAAUAUUGCUAGAAUAUUAGAUGAAAAUGUAUUUUCUGAUAUUUCCAAACUUAUGUAAUUAAACACAACAUUAAAAAUUUAUUUCAAUUUA